AUUUGGUUGGGGACUUUUCCCAUUUAGUCGCGAUGUCAGGACGCGGCAAGGGGGGAAAGGGGCUGGGAAAAGGAGGUGCCAAGCGGCACAGAAAGGUUUUACGUGAUAAUAUCCAGGGCAUCACCAAGCCUGCUAUCCGCCGUCUGGCUCGCCGUGGAGGCGUCAAGCGCAUCUCCGGGCUGAUCUACGAAGAGACCCGCGGGGUGCUCAAGGUAUUCUUGGAAAAUGUGAUCCGGGACGCUGUCACCUAUACGGAACACGCCAAGAGGAAGACCGUUACCGCUAUGGACGUGGUCUACGCUCUCAAACGCCAGGGCCGUACCCUCUAUGGCUUUGGCGGCUAGAUUUGCUUUUCAAUUGCCCGCAGUACCAAAGGCCCUUUUCAGGGCCGC